AAAAUGUUUCUUCUCGCUGUCAUCUGCGCGCUUGCUGUGACCUGCGGCCUGGGAUCCCCGGCAUCUUGGCGGAAGCCGCGACUACUCGACGGGCGAAUCGUCGGCGGUGUUGAGGCGACGAUCGCGAAUCAUCCGUACCAACUGUCCUUCCAGCUAUACGACCAACAUUUUUGCGGAGCCGCGAUCAUCGCCCCAAAAUGGGCCAUCACCGCGGCCCACUGUAUCGGGUCAUCAUCCACCAAGAACUAUCGCCUAAGCGCCGGGAGCGCGGACAAAUCCGAAGGCAAACUGUAUGAGAUUAAAAAUGCGACUCCUCAUCCUAACUACGACUGGUACACAAUCGAUUACGACAUGGGUAUUAUAGAGAUCGAUGGCGAAUUCGAAUUCGGCGAUAACGUCCAGCCGGUUUCCCUGCCUGAUGUCGAGCCUUCAGCUGGCACCAAUGGCAACGUGACCGGAUGGGGAGCGCUCUGGCAAGGCGGAAGCGUCGCAAAGCAGCUGCAAAGGGUCUGCGUGCCGGUGAUACCCCGAGAUGUGUGUGCCGAAGCCUAUAACGGGUUGAACGGAAUAACGCAGAGGAUGAUAUGCGCCGGCAACAUUGAAGAGGGGGGCAAGGACUCCUGUCAGGGUGAUUCAGGGGGUCCUCUCGUCGCGGACGGCGUCCUCUACGGCAUCGUGUCCUGGGGCAACGGUUGCGCAAUGCCCGGCUAUCCAGGCGUCUACACAAACGUGGCCGAACUUCGGGAAUGGAUCAAAGAAGUGACUGGAGUCUGAUCGUGAGACGCGAUCUGGAUGAAUCGCGGAUGCAACAACCUUCAGCUGUGAUUUUGGCAAAUGGCAAUAUUAUCCAAUACGCAACUUAAUAUGUACGAAAACGAGGGUGGACGGAGAUUUUUGUCGAAUUUAAAUAAAGCUUGUAAUGUAAUAUAAAAACAACGGAAUAUUAAAAUGAAUUAUCAUGUACGUUACCCACACGC